CGGUUUGAAGUUCGGUCAUGCGCAGUUGUCGGCCAGCGAAGAUGUCAGGCGUCUCCCCAACUCCACUGCUAUUGGAAAGAUAAUCGGUUGGCCCUGGCACUUGUCUUGUUGAGCUAGUGGUUUGUUUGUUUUUUUUGAGGUGCUGAUUUGUUCAGGCAGUUGUCUUUCAGUUUCCCAUCCCCUACCUCUGCCCCAGAAGCCUCAGCGGCCCCUCUUUCCCCCAAGAUGGCGGAGAGGCGGAGGAGCCGCGAAGUUUCUGGAAGCUCCGAGCCGAGUGAAGCGGACGGUACCUCGGAGAGUAAAGGGGUGAACGCUUUCGCCAACGAUGGCAGCUUCAUGGCGCUCUUCAAGAAGAAGAUGGAAGAGGAGAGGCUGAGGAGUGAAGGGGGAGCCGCGCCGAGCGGCGGGGAUAUAGACAAUGGAGGCAAGAGGAGUGUGGCCGCUGGCCAGGAGCAAAGUGCUGAGGCCCAGAGCGACAGGAAGAAAAGCGUGCUGAAUAUUGUGGGAAAGCGGCGAGGUGGGGCAAAGCUAGCCCUCAAGACGGGAAUGGUAGCCAAGAAACACAAGACCGAAGAAGAGGCUGAAGCACGAGGCGGAGAUGCGUGGGCCAAAUACAUGGCAGAAGUGAAGAAAUACAAAGCACAUCAGUGCAGCGAUGAUGACAAAACCCGGCCUCUUGUUAAAUAGCCAGAUUUUCAAGCUCAUGCAGCCAAGAACUGUAUUAUAUUUUACAACCGUUAAGAUCAAGUCCUCCACUCAAUGCCCUCACUGUACAGCCAAUAUGAGAUUUUUUUCUUUUGACUGCCUGGAAUAUGUAUUUAUUUGGAUUUGUGGUUUGAAAACAACACUUGCAAACAAAAAUCCAACACAAUGUUUAAUUUUCAACAUUGAAAUCCUGUCCGCUUUCAAAGUGUGAUUGGUAGUGUACAGUUUCCAUAUAGUUAUGUCUCUCACCCUGUUUCAAUAUAGAACAUAGUUUCCAGACACUUUUAAUCUUUUAUUUUUUAUAAAAUGCACGAUAAAGCUCCAGUUGUCAGUAAAAAAAAAUCCAUGCAUAUUUACUCAUGUGCCUGCAGUUAUUAAUUGCAAAACUGUAGCAAGUUUUUGAAACUUGUACACAAUAUUGUACAUCUUACUGGCCUCUGUUGCCAAGCCAGCUGAAAAUGUGGGGCUGAUUUGAUCAAUGACUGGUCAGACACCUCCCCACAUCUGUGUUGGAAGGAGCCCAUUGCCUGACUGGUGCUGGUGAGGCAUUUACAUUUUUAAUCAGAAUUAUUACAUUACUAGCAUCAAGCUGAACUGUAAGUGGCAGUAUUAGGACUUGUUUCUCAUGAUCUGUUGGCUACAGCAUUUGCACUGCUGAAGACCAGUGCUUUCCUGUGUUUCUUCCUGAGAAUUAGUCUAUCCAGAGGACAUAAGUUGUAAUUGUGACCACUGCUGUGCCUGAAGUGAGCAUUUGGAUGGGACAGCCAAUGUGUGGGACUCCCCCGAAAGAACGUAAAGUUGGAGCGUAAACAGUCAGCUAAAGUGAGCACAGAAAAUGGGAUGGGAUGAAGAAAUGUUUCUCAAGUUCACAAAACUACCUCAGAAGUAUCGGUGAAACAUUAUUAUAAAGCUCUCGUUGCAAUCUACUCAGCUGAGUUUUCACUUUGUUCGUACUGUUUAUCUUUCAGCAGUGCUAGUGAGAUGUUGCUUCUUGUCUGUUGUUUGAAUUUCCCGUUUCUAUUCAUGAGCAGUGAAGAGAGCAUUUCUUCCUCCAUUAAGGAGGUUGGAUUGCAAAAACCAGAAAAUUUGAUAAAGUAGAACCUGUGGGCCACAGUGGUUGCUGCCUCCUGACAAUAGCAGGAGCAGGAUGUGAAGGGAGCAGAAUUAGAAGCUCAAUGCUGCCCGCAUCUUACCAGGUACAAAAAGGUCUGCUAUAUGGUCCCUGUCUUUAGAGUAAUGCAGAUCUCUGACUUGGGCUGUGGAGAUCUGUGCUGGAUUGCCAUAGGACUGUUACUGCAAACUUCUGAUUUUUAUAGGACUUAUCUGUAAUAUCAAUGAUACUUCUAGAUAUGGAAUGAGAUGAAAGUUAAAUGGAGCAAAAAGUAGAUGAGGUGAAGUAGAUCUAGAAUCAUAGAAUAUUUGAUAACAUUGCCUUUAACAAAUUAGUAAUUUGAUAUUUAAGUUUCCCUUUAAAUUAUGCCUCUUGCUUCUCGGUCUUUCUGGAUGUGCCUUUUGUUAUUUCCAGAUUUUCACCACCUUUUAUGGCCAAUUGUUAAAGAAUGAAAGAGAUUCCCAGGCACAUUGUAACCCAUCUUGAUAUUUUCCUGCUCUUAGGCUCAUCUUGUCUUAUUGGAAUGGUUUGUAUUAUGGAGCGGGGGUGACAGUGACUGACGUGGAGAUUGAGCUGUCAUUCAUAUUUUCUGUGCAAUGUACUGCUAGUUUAAAUAUCUGACAUUAGAAGCAAAAGUUCCUUGAUGACUUGGAUGGGGAGUCAGCUGCCUGAGCCAGAAAGUUUACUUGAACUUUGCUGUGUUAGCUUCUUUCAGGUGUAUUGGUGAGUAUGUGGAGCUGGGAAGUCAAAACGUUCAUCUGGGUGGGGGGUUCCUGCACCUGAUCGCUGUCUUAGCUGUCUGCAGUGAAAGAGUUGGGUAUUUGCCAAGAACGUUGGCAAUACUUUUCAUCGUCAAGUAGCCAGAAUUGCUAUGUAUGCUUACAUGAAACAUGGAUGAUACAUUGGAGCCUUGCUAGUGUUUAUAGAAAGUGCCACUUUCUGGAGGUAGGUCAAACAAAUAAACACUAGCACUUUUGUUUGAAGGAUUUUGAAAUUUUUGUUUUUCAGACUUACUUGAACUAUAGGGACCAAGAUGCACUUACUAUCAAAUUAAACCAUAGUUAUUCACCCUGUAAAUAGUGCAGCAAUGAAGAGCUGAGCCAUAUCAGCAAUCCUAUGGCUUUGCUGAGUUAGUUCAUCCUGGCCCGGAUAGAGUUGCCUUCAGCUCUUCCUGAGUUGCAGAAAAUGAAAUCUGGUGUAGUUCCCACUUCUGUUACAUGUGUGGAGGUUGCGAUUUAACUGAUGCUCUGCUAGUUGAAUGGCCUGCUACUGCUAUCAGGCUGAUUUUUGUGAAUAGUAAUUUGGGUUAAUCACCACAGAAUGCCAAACCCAGUGGAAUCGUAACCAGUCUUGAGCCUCAGCCGUAACUUGGUGAGGCACUUUCACUGCUGAGUUAGGGUGUAGGUCAAAGCCUCACUCCGCAGAUUUGAGUGAACAGAACUGUAUAAAGUUACUUGACAGUUUCGAUUGAGAAAUUGCUGCACUGUCAGAGAUGCUGUCUUUUGGAUGAGAUUAAACCAAGGCCCUGUUGUCUAGCGUGACCAUUUUUUGAAAAGAAGGGCAAAGGAGCUCUGAUGUUUUAACUAACUUUCACCUAAACCAGUGAAGAUACUGAUUAUUUGGUCAUUUAUCUUGCUUAGAGGGACCUUGCAGUUUGCAAAUUGGCUGCGAAUUAAUUUAGAACAAACUGAGCUCAAAAUCCAUAUGUAAACUUGUGCGGGAGAAGAAAAAUAGUUCUUUUAAAAUCAAUUUUUGGGCAAGGGGAUUGAAUCUUAACUUCCUAAUUAUGUAUAAAGAUCUGUGAUUAAUAGAAUCAAUAAGGAGUUCUGGAAGUUCGUUUGGAAUUAACUAGUCAUGGGUUACUCAAUUGAAUAAUAUUGGUCAUGCCAGACAUUGAGGAUGGCAAGUUUUCCAUAGCUCCAUAUGUGAAGGGUGUUUCAGUACAGUAGAACUGAGAACCAAUUCUCAAUCUCUACACUUCUAAAUGUGAGACUUCUUAGCUUUGGUGAGUAACAGACAUAAAAUAUGUCAUGGAAACAUCAGCCAUGAAAUAAGUACAAACCUUCUUUUAUCCAGAAUCAGUGCAAUUUUACCCAGGUGAAAUCUAAGCAAGCCAGUGCUUGUGAAGACUUCACCAUGCAAUUCAUACUCCAUGAUCUAAACUGAUGACUAAUUUGGAUUUUGUUAUAACUUGGGAUUUCAUUUGGUAGCAAUAUUCCAGUGAUAGAUAAAGGUCAGUUUUCACUUUCUUGAAAAGCAUAGGUAUAAAUGUGGUUCUUUUCUCCUGCACCCUCACCCCCAUAAAAUACUUUUGAACCUUCUCCCAUUGCUGACCAGUUUCUAGAAUGUAAUGCAGCAACUUAGCUCAAUAUCACUGGCAACUUUUCAAUUCACUAUGUAUGGCCAUAAAAUGUCUUUGGCAGUUUUUUGUUUUUGGUUUGGGGCGGUGGGAAUGCUAGAGGUGGGGUGGAGAAAGAGCAUAUUCUAAGCCACUAAUUUGGUUUGACCAGAAGGUAAAAGAAAACCGCAGUACCCAGCUCAUUAGUUUGACUAUUGAUUUUUUUUUUCUUUAAACUGAUGUUUAAGCAUUUGCUUUCUAAAAUCAAAUACUAGCCUAUGAUAUAUAAAGCAAGUUAACGGCGGAUGUGUCUGAUAACCAUUGGUGUACAUGUCUAAUAUUUAAUGUAUUGCUGACACUUCAGUGCCAUGCUGUGUUUUGCAUGCAAAGUAGCCUUUCAAAAUAAAAAGAAAAGCCAGUCUCCUCACA